UGUGCAGCACCUUUUUUAUUUAAUGAAAUUACAUUUAUCAAUUCUCACUAUUAUUUCUUGUGCCAUCGGUGUUCUUUUCAGAGUCAUUUCACCCCUUGCAAACAGAAACCACAGAACCAGGGCAUCUCUGCACACGCAGCGCUGCACAGGCCUGCAGCAGGGCUCCUGACAGCAGAGACUCACUCCUCUUCUGCUCCCCAUGGCAUUGCUCCGUGCUGUGGGCCUGGAGCUCUCCGCUCACCCCUGAGGUUGGGAUCCUCACAGCAGUGUGCACACUGUGCGUAGCUGGGUUUCUGGAUGGGCAAUGGUGAAGCCAGAGAACUCAGGCUCCUCCCUCUUGCACACAUCGCUUCCCACAGGAGUCACCUCAUUUGCACAGCUCUCACCUUCUGCUCUAAGCUGAGCUCUUUGGAUAACUGACUCUGCAGGGCCAAAUCUACAAAGAGUCCACCAUUCAGCCUUGCUUAUAAUUCUCUGACAAUGUGCUUUGUUGUAGGAAGACAGGCCAUGUCUGUGUGGUAGGGGUCUCCAUGAAGCCCCAGCCCCCCUGACAGGAAAAGGGGCCUCGGGACAGAAAGACCUGGGGAGACAGAGCAUGGGGACGAGGGGACCCUCAUGUUUCCCUCUCUAAGCCUGUGCCUCCUCUCCCUAGGAGGUCCUGACAAGCCCUCCCUGUCUGCCUGGCCAGGCCCCAUCGUUCCUCAAGGAGAGCAUGUGGUUCUCAAAUGCAACUCUCCUCAUGGGUUUGACACAUUCAGGCUCUACAAGGAAAACGGGCCUCAUGUCCCAGAGCUCUGGCACAGAAUGUUCCAGAAGGACGUCCUCUUGGGCCCUGUGACGCCAGCACAUGCAGGGGCCUACAGCUCUUCCUCUUCCCUUCAUUCCCCUCACAGAUUCUCACCACUCAGUGGCCCUCUGGUCCUGGUAAUUACAGGGGUCUACAGGAAACCCCUCCUCCUGGCCCAGCCAGGCCCCGUGACCCUGCAGUGUGUCUCACACAUCACGUUUGAGAUGUUCAUCCUGGUUCUGCACAGAGACGGGGGAGCCCAGGACCGUGUGCUCCUCACAGGGGAGCCUCAGGACGGGAGCUCCCAGGCCACCCUCCCCAUGGGCCCUGUGACAGCCACCCAUGCGGGGACCUACCGCUGCUAUGGGUCUCGCAGCCACUCCCUGUAUGAGUGCUCAGCCCCCAGUGACCCCCUGGACCUGGUGAUCACAGGGCUGCACGAGAAACCUGCCCUCUCCACCCAGCUGGACCUCGUGUGGCGGCCAGGCGAGAACGUGACCUUGUCCUGCAACUCCCAGCGCCCCUUUGCCGUGUACCACCUGACCCUGGAGGGGCAGCCCCAGGGGCACUGGCUCACUGCUGCUCAGAGCCACCAGGGCACUUUCCAGGCGGACUUCCCGCUGGGUCCUGGGGCCCACGGAGCCACCUACCGGUGCUAUGGCGCUUUCCGCGGCUCCCGCUAUGAGUGGUCAGCCCCGAGUGACCCUGUCCACCUCUCAGCCACAGGAUGGAACCAGGCAGCCUCAGUCCCAGCCCUCUCCUUCCUUUGCAGGAAGCUCUUCAGGCAGCAACGGGUCACCCGCAGAGCCUGGCCCAGGCACUGGGGUCACCCGCAGAGCCUGGCCUAG